CUCUUGACCCCCUCUCUGUGUUUCUGGGCUACCUCCGGGGGCAUGUAGUGCAGAGGGCCAUUAGGAUAUUUGACAAUCUCAGCUUGUUACAACUCCAUCAGUUAAUUGGAUCCCUUGUAGAGCCGCUCGUUUGACUCAACUGCCACUUAAAAAGACAAAGGCUCGCUGGGGGUCGUUCACACCUCGCGCCCCUGAGCAGGUAUAAAAGAGCCGCAGACACUCCAAGCCUCAUUCCACUCCGCUCUUCACAAGCUCGAGAACAUCUCUACAGCGGAUAACUUUUAAGCAGGACUUUUUACCUACCUAAACAGAAGCCAUGCAGAUGCCUGGAAGAGCUUACGAAAACUAUGGACAAUCAAUUCGCCCUCACGCGGCUUUCAAUCCGGACUAUGCCACUUCAUCAAAACCGAGCGCAGGGAAAUCCUUCACAAUCGACGCUCUGCUCGCGAGACCUGAUCAUACGGAGAGAGACAGGACAAGUGUGUAUCGGAACAUAGCCAAUCAAGCGCCAGUCUCGAGCUCUGCGGUCCCAUUAGCGGCACAAAUGUACUCGCAAAUCCCACACUUUGGGUACAACCAGAGCAUUAUGCACACGCAGACUGGGUAUCCCGUCUUUUGCUACCCGCCUUACGGUUACCAAACAACAUGUCGUGGAGCUUUGUACUCACAAGAUGCUGUACUGGCCAAAGCAGCAGUCCACUCUCACUAUAAACACAAAGCCGGGAAAUCAAAGCGAAUGCGCACAAGUUUUACCAACGAGCAGCUGUCCAGACUGGAGAAAGAGUUCGCGCGGCAGCAGUAUAUGGUGGGAUCAGAGCGCUUCCUCCUGGCAUCUGCUCUCCAGCUCACUGAAGCACAGGUUAAAGUUUGGUUCCAGAACAGACGCAUCAAGUGGAGAAAACAGAGUCUUGAGCAACAACAAGCCAAACUUGCCAAACUAGGACUCGCCGUGCAACCAAAGAGCCCGGGAUCUCAGGGCAGAGAGGAUGAGGAGAGAGACUUCACAGAAGAGUCUGAUGUAGACAUUGACAUCGACGAUUCACUUCAAGACUGAGAAAAUCACACUUUUAUACAGGAUGUUUUUGUACAUAUUCGAUUCUCUCUAGAUGACACAGUACUCUAUUUGUACAAAUAUUUAAUUAAUAGAUAUAUAUUUAAGGUGUUUCACCAUUGCUCUUAUGAGGGUGUCUUUGUUUUCGUUAAAACGUUUGUAUAUGGA